ACAGAUAAACCGGACCUACUGCUCUUGUGCAACCCAACUCCUUGUCAGUUCGAGAGGGGAAGAACCUUAGAUUGUGUACUGCAAACGGAAUGAUAUAUGUGUCCUCUGGCCAAUGGUCGUGUCUGUCUCGACUGUAUUCGAGUUCAGAGGAAGCAGUUACUUGACUUGAUAAGAUGGAUGUUUUUUUUGGCCAGGCCUAACAUCCAUAACCUCCCUCUUAAACACCAGUUUGUGUCCUUUGGAAUACAAAUGGUCCAUUUCACUAACAGUUUAAAGAUAUACCUUGAAGUGAAUUAAAGUUUACGCAGUGUUGUGGGAAUCUAAUAGACUCAAGACCAUUAUAGGACCCAAUCAAGAUGACAGUGGCAUCGCAUUUGGAUUAUGACGAAGUCUUGAAACACAUCGGACAAUGUGGAAGUUGGCAAUGGCGAAACUUCUUCAUCCUAUGGCUUACCUCCGCAGCUGCGGGUUUGGCCGUUGUGGUGUUUGCCUUCACGGGCAAUUCUAUGGAACAUCGGUGCCUGGUGCCUUACUGUGAAUCAAAGGCCUCAGCUCUUUAUUAUGAAGAUGAGGAAAAUCAUGUAAUACCUCCAUUUGCCGAGAAGUUAAUGCCUUUCGGAAGGUGCAACUACUUUGCCGUAGCAGGUAUCGAAGGUGAGGUCUCGAUAUCCUGUAAUGACUACAUGAGUCGGAUCGAUCGGAAUGAUUCUACCCUCAUCCUUAAAAGUUGUGCCAGUGGCGAAGAUGGGUCGUUGGUGUUUGAUCGAUCCUCGACCUUCACCAGUGUGAUCAUGGAUUACAAUCUCACUUGCGACAACCCUGGUCAACCAUUCCUGGGGGCUACAUACAUGUUGGGGAUGUUGGUCGGGUCUUUCAUCUUGGGCAUUACUUCGGAUUACUUUGGCCGCCUGAAGGCACUGAUGAUCUCGAUCGUGCUACUUUCCGGAGGAGGCUUUAUUGGAGCGUUCAUGCCGGAUCCUUACACAUUUGGAUUCUUCCGAUUUAUCACCGGUAUGGGCGGCAUCGGAUGCUUCAUGGUCACAUUUGUGCUUUGUGUGGAGUACGUGGGCGCCAAAUACACCAUGCUCAUUGGAAUCGCAAUCGAAAUCCCGUUUGCCCUGGGAGAGGGGAUUCUGGGUAUUGAGGCCAUCAUCUUUCGGGAUUGGUUCACAUUACAGUUGGUGGCAUAUACACCAAUCAUUCUGCUUCUAGCAUUAUGGUUUUUCGUUCCCGAGAGUCCUCGCUGGCUUCUGGCUAAGGGAAAACAUGAUGAAGCCGUCAAGAUCAUUAAACAGGCAGCCGAGACAAAUGGUCGGGAAAUCAUGGAUUCUGUCCUCGAGCAGCCCUCUCUGACCAGUAGGAAACUAGACAUCCAAGACAGUUCCAAGGCCAGGGAGCCCACUCUCAUCGACCUUUUCCGACCCACCGUGAUUGCCACUCGGACACUUAACAUGUUCUACCAAUGGUUCUCCGUGACCUUGUGCUAUUAUGGCUUAUCCUUUGCGUCAACCUCGCUGGCUGGAGACUCCUAUACCAAUUUCCUGUUAUCGGUCCUCGUUGAGAUUCCAGGAUAUAUCUUUUGUAUCAUUGUCAUGGAUUGCUGGGGACGGAGACCCAUUCUCUCUUUCUGUCAGCUGAUCUCAGGCGUAGCUUGCAUUCUGGCGGGUCUUCUUUUCAAAUCCGAAGACAUUGUCCUUCAAGGUUUGCAAGUGGCCCUCUCUCUCAUCGGGAAAUUUGGAGCUUCUGCUUGUUUUGCCAUCGUUUACGUCUACACAGCCGAGUUGUUCCCAACCAUCAUCCGCAAUCGGGCCGUUGGCAGCUGCAGUACCAUCGCUCGAGUUGGAGGAAUUUGUGCACUUCUCCUUGGAUUAACUCGCACCAUUUGGGAUGCUCUCCCCAUGAUCUGUAUGGGCAUUGUGGCCGUGGUGGCCGGCUUUUUGGCCAUGUUCUUUCCCGAAACCGUGGGCGAAAAGCUGCCGGAUACGAUGGAGGAUGCGGUGAAUGUGGGUAAAAACUCCAACCGCAAAUUGACCACUUGUAUUUGCCCGACGAGUUUUAAGGACCACUUCAAUGAAGAUGAUUCCCGCUUUAGGUAUCUCAAGAUGAAGUCGAUUCCGGCUUUGAACUGUCUUCAGAAAUCCAAAGGUGAAGUCGACAACCCUGAGUCGAACGACGGCCAUGUGGAUUAUGAUGGCAUUUUGGCCGCCGUUAAUCCCUUUGGCCGCUAUCAACUGGAAACGGCCUUUUUGUUGUGGUUUGCCACAGCUGCGGGAGGCAUCGGGGUGGUCUCUUACUCCUUCACGGGCUUUGACCAAGUCACCCGGUGUGCAAUACCCUAUUGUGAGAACCCGAACACAACCCAAUACAGUCUGACUUUGGGUACGGCUAAUUUCUCCGAGGCAGUCUUGGCAGUGUAUGGAAAUGCUUCAGUGGUCAAGAGUUCCAUGAUCAGCUGUGCCAUGCCGGUCCCGGUGGAUAUGGGAAGAGCUCCAUUGGCCGAUCCUCUUUCUGAGACAUGCGAAUCAUAUUUGGCGAAAAUUGAUGCCGGAACCAAAAUGAGCCGGUGCAACCCGGAUCAGCUGAUCUUUGAUCAGAGUGUUGUUCAAACUUCCAUCAUUACGGAAUUCGGAUUCACUUGUGAAAAGCGAUUUUUGACCAACAUUUUCAAUGCCCUGUACAUGACAGGCAUGUUGUUGGGUUCAUUCGUGUUUGGAAUUCUGUCAGACAAAAAGGGACGUAUGUUCACACUCAUGAUUAGUAUCUUCUUACUGGCUUCGGCGGGAACGGGAGCAGCCUUCGCCACCAACCCUAUAGUGUUUGGCAUCCUGCGAGUGAUCUGUGGGAUGGGAGGUAUGGGAUGUUUUAUGGUGCCUUACGUCAUGGUAGCCGAAAACACCACACCUCAUUAUAUAGUACCGCUUGGCACACUGGCCGCCAUAGGAUUUCCUGUGGGAGAAAUGCUAUUCGUUACCCAAGCAUAUUUGAUUCGGGACUGGUUCACAUUGCAACUCGUGAGCCAUGUCCCCAUGUUCCUUGGUCUUGUCAUUUGCCUAUUCAGACCUGAGUCGACUCGAUGGCUGAUUACCAAUGGUAAAUUAGCCCAAGCCAGGGCAGAUAUUCGGAAGAUGGCUGCAGUGAACAAGAAAGAGGUCCCCGAACAUUUGAUGAAUCAUGGGGAGGUACACAAAUCGACCACACCCGAGAUUGACGAGGAGGAGAAUCAACAUCCGGGAAUCAUGAACUUGUUCAAACCCAAAAUCAUCGCCUUCAGGAGCAUAAACAUGUUCUUUCAAUGGUUCAGUGUGACCAUGGCGUACUAUGGGAUUACAUUUGCAACUACCUCCCUUUCGGGCGAUCCAUACAUGAACUUUUUGCUCGGUGCGUUCACGGAACUUCCCGGAGUCGUCUUUGGGUACUACGCAAUCAAUUUCUUUGGGCGUCGCUUUAUCCUCUCGUUCCUUCAAGGCUUAGCCGGUGUGGCUUGUAUUAUUGGUGGCCUUUUAGUCACACAGCCUUCGCUAUCCAUUCUACAAACCACUAUGGUCAUGAUUGGCAAGUUUGGAGCCACCUGUGCCUUUGGAACCGUCUAUCUGUACACCUCAGAGCUCUUUCCCACCAGUAUCCGUGGAACUGCCGUUGGAAUUUCCAGCACUGUUGCUCGAGUGGGCGGGAUUUGCUCGCUGCUUCUCCUUGGCACUAGAGACGUAUGGGCCCCUUUGCCCAUGGUCAUCAUGGGGAGUGUGGCUACUCUGGCCGGAUUCCUGGCUCUCCUCUUCCCCGAAACCACGGGUGAAGAUCUCCCCGAAACUAUGGAAGAUGCUAUUAAGAUUGGAAAAGGAGGGCAAUUCAAACUAUGCAGCUGCGAUAACUAAAGCAGCAAGCGAGCUUGUUUCACUUGGCCAAAAAUAUAUCGGCAGGUAGCCUCCUAAUUUCUGGAGCAAUCACGAAUUCCAGUUUGUUGUGCGCACUUCUUGGACGGGUAAGGAGACUGGAAGAGAGCAAACGACGUUUAGCUCCGAGC